CAAUACAUCUGAUAUUGGGUUUAUUUUGUGAGCGUGUUUAUUGUGUCGUUGCCGACGUUCACCCUUCCAGCUUUGUGAGAUUUUCAGUCGCUCGUUUCCUCUGAUCUUCUAUGAUUUGAUUAACCCAGUUCACAGAGAAGAUAAUGAGCCCCACACCAGGCGGAAAGUGGUCGCCGGCGAAGAAGAGGAGCUGGAGAGGUCCGACCACAAUCCAAUUUUUGGAGCAUGACAUCCUUUGCAUAAUAUUCUCAGUCCUGGACCUCUUUGACCUCGUUCGCUGUUCUGCUGUCUGCAAAUCUUGGAAUACAAUAAUCAAAGGAUCAAAGUUACUGCAAGCGCUUUAUUUGAAGCAGCAGAAGGAUAAUUAUUUAGGAAUGAAGGAUAAUUAUGUAGGAAUUUCAAAUAUAGAUAGCGGUUCAGAGAAGACUUUAAAUAUGUACUUUGAGGAGCUAGCUAUGAAGCAUCAUAGACAAUCUUUAGUUCAAGCUUCUUCUGUUGAUAUUGACCAAUGGAAAGGCCAUUCACUUGGGGUUGAUCAGUGUCGAAUGAAGAUGGGCUUGCUUCUUACUGGCGUGGGGGACAAGGUUAUGCGUCUCUGGUCAUUAGAAACAUACAAUUGUAUGGAAGAAUAUUCAAUCCAAGAUGCAAGCCCCUUAAUUGACUUUGAUUUUGAUGAGAGCAAGAUUGUUGGUUUGGUUGGCACACGAAUAUGCUUAUGGAGGCGAAAUGGAAAGAUGACUACAUUUCCCUCUCGUGAAGGCACGUUUAUGAAGGGUUUAUGCAUGCGUUACUUUGAUCCAGAAGCUGUUGUUGGAUGUGAGGAUGGGACAGCUCGUGUUUUUGAUAUGUACAGUAGGAAAUGUUCUAAAAUCAUUAGGAUGCAUCCAGAGCCUGUGACUUGCUUAUGUUUGGGGGAUGAUCAGUUAAUUCUUAGUGGUUCGUCACUAGGGAGGAUCAUGGUGUCUGGUUAUUCAUCUGAUAAGUGGACAGCUACACUGAGAUCCACUGAUUCUACAGGCAUAAAGACUUUAUGUUUCAACCCUCGUUCUCAUCUAGUGUUUGCUGGAACAACAGCUGGAUAUACAUCUUGUUGGGACCUCAGGAUGAUGAGACAAUUAUGGGAGACACGAGUGAGUCCAAAUGUUAUAUAUUCUUUGCAGCACCUGACAAAUGACAAAUCAGCAUUAGUAGCCGGUGGAAUAGACGGGGUGCUGCGUAUUCUGGAUCAGGACUCAGGAGUUGUUCUCUCGAGCUAUACUGUCGACCAUGAUACCUCAUCAAGCUCCUCUAGAUAUGCACAUGGAGUAAUUGAAAGAAGAAAAGGGCGAAAACUCCCUAGUGACAUCAACAUUGAUCAGAUUCCUAGAAGUGAUCGACCUUCAAUCACUUGCCUGGCUGUUGGAAUGAAGAAGGUGGUUACCACACACAAUAGCAAGUACAUCAGAGUAUGGAAAUUCAAGAAAUGAGAGAAUAAACUAAUCCAUGCAUGCGAAUUUGCAGUUUCUCUUUACUAGAAUCUUUCAUUGAUACUAGAAAUGCAAAUAUAGGUUUUUUCAUAUUUGGAAUAAAUUCAAAAUUUAAAAAUUUCUUUGCUUUUAUUUCUUUUAAUA